UCCGGGUUAGUCGCUCUGGGAGCGAAGUGCGGGUAGCGAACAGACGUGUUCGGGGGCUCGCCACCCGGCAAUCCUGGGAGACGUCCCAGGAUCAGGGGAGGACCAGGGACGCCUGGUGGACCCCUUGGCAGAGGAUUAUUGUGUUUUGGUCUCACCGCGUCUCGGGAGGCGCGCUCUGCCAUCGGACUCUUUCUUCUAUUUCUACGGCACUCGGUCUCGUCGCCGUUUCUGGUUUCUUUUUGUCUUAGUUGUGAUAGGUCUUUGCGUCGUCGUUCCCCUAUUGGAAAUUUUCGAGAUGGGGCAAAGUGCCCUUACGCCCCUCUCCCUUACUCUAGAUCAUUGGAAAGAUGUCAAAGCCAGGGCUCACAAUCUGUCCAUGGAGAUCAAAAAAGGAAAAUGGCAGACUUUCUGUUCGUCUGAGUGGCCCACAUUCGGCGUAGGUUGGCCGCCAGAGGGAACCUUUGAUCUUACUGUCAUUUUUGCAGUUAAAAAGAUUGUUUUUCAGGAGACCGGAGGACACCCGGACCAGGUUGCCUGUGUCGUGGUAUGGCAAGACCUCGCCCAGAAUCCCCCUCCCUGGGUGCCACCCUCCAGCAAAGUCGCUGUUGUUUCGGGAUCAGAAAAUACUCAAAGGCCACCUACAAGGAAGCCUUCCGCCCCUCCCCAACCCCCCGUCCUCCCGACACCAGAUGACCUAUUUUCUCUCUCUGAAACCCCACCUUACCCGGCGGCUCCGCUGCCCCCUCUGGCCCCUCAGGGAAACAGAUCGGCACCAGGCCGAGCGCCCGGUGAUCCUAGCCCUGAGGGACCGGCUGCGGGGACUAGGAGCCGCCAACCUCGCAGUCCGAGAGACGGCUCCGGUCCUGACUCCACCGUAGCUUUGCCCCUCCGAGCCAUAGGGCCCCCAGCUGAGCCUAAUGGCUUGGUCCCUCUACAGUAUUGGCCUUUUUCCUCAGCAGAUCUUUACAAUUGGAAGUCUAACCACCCGUCUUUUUCUGAAAAACCAGCAGGACUCACGGGACUUCUUGAGUCCCUUAUGUUCUCUCACCAGCCCACUUGGGACGAUUGCCAACAGCUACUCCAGAUCCUCUUCACCACUGAAGAGCGAGAAAGGAUUCUUCUGGAGGCCCGCAAGAACGUUCUCGGGGACAACGGGGCCCCUACACAACUCGAGAACCUCAUUAAUGAGGCCUUCCCCCUCAAUCGACCUCAAUGGGAUUACAACACGGCCGAAGGUAGGGAGCGUCUUCUGGUCUACCGCCGGACUCUAGUGGCAGGUCUCAAAGGGGCAGCCCGGCGCCCCACCAAUUUGGCUAAGGCUUUAGAAGUUGUAAAAACCCAGAUCUGGGACCAGAUCAAGGAGGUAUACGAGCCAGGUGCCGUGGCCAUCCCUCAUCCGUUCCAGGUCGGAGACCAAGUGCUGGUCAGACGCCAUCGACCCAGCAACCUUGAGCCUCGGUGGAAAGGCCCGUAUCUGGUAUUGCUGACCACCCCGACCGCAGUAAAAGUUGAUGGCAUUGCAGCCUGGGUACAUGCUUCUCACCUCAAGCCUGCGCCACCCUCCGUACCAGAUGAAUCCUGGGAGCUGGAGAGGACUGAUAAUCCUCUUAAGUUGCGCAUUCGGCGGCGGCGGAGCAAGCCUACCAAGUAAUAACCCUAACCAGCCCAACACCCUCACCUGGCAGGUACUGUCCCAAACUGGAAAGGUUGUCUGGUUCAAGACAGAAGUCCACCCCCUUUGGACUUGGUGGCCCUCCCUUACCCCUGAUAUAUGUGCCCUGGCGGCGGGUCUCGAGGCUUGGGAUAUUCCAGAAAUUGAUGCACCGGCCUCUAAAAGAGUCAGGCCUCCUGACUCAAACUAUGAAAAUGCUUAUAACCAGAUCAAAUAACUCCCCUUGGUUGACCACCCUACUGUCAACCAUCGCCGGGCCCCUAUUACUCCUCCUUCUGUUGUUCACCCUUGGGCCCUACGUCAUCAAUAGACUAGUCCAAUUCAUCAAUGAUAGGGUAAGUGCAGUUAAGAUUCUGGUCCUUAGGCAAAAAUACCAAACCUUAAAUGGCGAAGAUAACUUUUAAUUCCGCUCUAAGAUUAGAGCGAUCCACAAGAGAAAUGGGGGAAUGAAGGAAGUGCUUUUUACAAGGGUAUAGGGAAAAUACAGCCAAAAAGUCAAGUUAAGAAACAAGGGGAACAGAGUCAAACAGGAUAUCUGUGGUUAUGCACCUGGGCCCCGGCCCGAGGCAAAGGGCGGAUAGUUCCCAGAAAUAGACAAGUCAGUUAAAGUUUCAAGAGUGCCCCUCAGCUGUUUCAAGGACUCCCACUUGACCGAAGUUCACCCCUGGCUUGAUUUAAACUAACCAAUUACCUUGCUUCUCGCUUCUGUACCCGCGCUUUUUGCUAUAAAAAGGACCCAGGAGCUCUACUCGGCGCGCCAGUCUUUCGAAAGACUGAGUCGCCCGGGUACCUGUGUGUUCAAUAAACCUCUUGUUUU